CAGCAAUUCAAAAACUAGUUUAUGUGGUCCCGUACAAGAGAACUCGUUUGUCGCUAGUAUAGGGGGAAGAACUACUUGGGGUUAGUUCUGUCGGUUACAACCGGCAGAAUUUCGGCUAUGUUACAGUAGAUGGAUAUCAAUGUUGCCUCGUCCCAUGCAUCCGUCAUCCUCGCCAAUAUUGUAAUCAACUGCCUGGACCCCAUCUAGAAUAGUCUGCGGUAUCAUUCCUCGUCCAACCUGAUCCAACUCGUCAGAAUCAAAACCAAAAGUGUAUCGUGUCACAUAGCACGUGCUGAUAGUCACUUCGCGUUCGUCACAAAGGAAGGCGCAACUUUGUUUGAGCCACUAAUCAUCAUGUAUAUUAAUAUCGUUGGUCUCUGCGCUUGACAGAGACCUUUUGUAUCAACAUGGCUCCGAAAUACCCUAAAAUUUCAGGUUAUGAGCUCAUUCAACAAAUCGGUGGAGGUACCUUCUCAACCGUGUUCAGAGCCGUCAAUAUAGAGAGCCAUCAAGUGGCAGCAUGCAAAGUGAUAUUUAUUAAGGAGCAGACUACCGAGAAGGAACGCCAGGUUGUCGAAAAGGAGAUGAAGAUUCAUAAGCAGCUCAAGCACCAGCAUGUCCUGGAGUUUCUACAUGCUGCCGUGGUGGAGCGCAAAUAUAAAGAUUGCUAUGUCCCUGGAAUGUACAUGCUACUAGAGCUUGCUGCAGGAGGAGACCUCUUCGAUAAGAUCGCGCCGGAUGUUGGGAUUGGAGAGGAUGUGGCACACUACUAUUUCGGCCAGCUACUGGCAGGGAUGGACUUUAUUCAUCGCGAAGGAGUUUGCCACCGUGAUCUGAAACCGGAAAAUAUCUUGCUUGAUGCAGCUGGUACCCUCAAGAUAUCAGACUUUGGCCUCGCAGCAAUCUUUAAACUCAAGGAAAGCGGCAAGACAAGACAAUUGAACGGAUUGUGCGGCAGCUUGCCGUACAUGGCCCCGGAAGUUCACUACCAAAUACCGUAUGAAGCAGAGCCCAUUGAUGCUUGGGGGAUUGGUAUCAUUCUUUUCACACUUCUCGUAGGAAACACUCCUUGGGAUCAAUCCACUGCACAAUCGUCAGAGUUUUGUCAGUAUAUCACGGGCGAGUUAUUCGACGAGCGCCCUUGGAAUCGUUUAGAAAACGAAGCCCUGUCACUUAUCUGUGGUCUGCUAACCAUCGAGCCAGAAGGCCGUAUGACACUCGCCGAAGUAUUCGCUCACCCGUGGUGUAGAAGACCAAGUCAAAUUGCGAAGCAAGGGGUUGUCGCGCUCGCAGACCACUUGACUGAGUCUUUGAGGGCGAACGGUGAUCUGAACUAUGCGAUGCCGGAUAUUGCGACCUCUACCGAAACUCGCAAAGAUAAAGAUGGAGACGAGAUCAUGCUCUCUGCAACUCAUCAAUCCCAGUUCACCCAAUCACUUCUAUUAUUCUCACAGACACAGUCAGGUCGCAGAUAUACACCUAGCCUUACUCGCUUCUAUACUUCUCUUGGGCCAGGGAUCAUGAUGCAACUCAUAAAGGAAUCCUUGACUGCCCUCGGUGUCAAACACAAAGACGGUCCUACCGGUGAGGAUGAACGAGGGGAGAUCCUUCGGUUGCGCGUAGGCGGCUAUGAUAAGCGGAAUAUCGCAUUCAAAGGCUGGGUCGAGCUCGAGAACUUCUCCUACGCUGAAACUGACGGAAGCUUCUGCUUGAUGACUCGUGACCUCGGGAAUCCUAUCUCGUGGCGCCAGUUGUGGAAAUCACUGAUUUUGUCACCAGCCGUGGAUCCUCAUGUGCUCCGCAAAUGACCACAUCAACACUGAUAUGACACUCAACACUCUUUUGUUAGCCUACAUGCUGUUUGUUUUUGGAUAUCUUCACAAGCUUCCCUCUUGCUGCCUUGUACGCGAUCUGAUUGAACAUUUCCGUAUGCCAUACACUGCUACACCAAGAGACGAUCUGUUUGGUUGAAAUUCGUGGUUUACUUUCCUAGAGUCCCAUUGCAAUUCAAUUGUAGUUCGUCGAUUCAAGCCUUGUUGUCUCUUUAGCGUCUCAAUACAACCGAAUGUGCUUUA